UAAGCAAACUCUAUUGCUCCCUUGUCAGUUUGCAGGAAGGAGCUAACCAGCACCAUGCAGAUUUUUGUCAAAACCCUGACGGGUAAAACCAUCACCCUUGAGGUUGAGCCUAGCGACACCAUCGAGAAUGUCAAGGCUAAGAUUCAGGAUAAGGAAGGAAUCCCUCCUGACCAGCAGAGAUUGAUCUUUGCCGGCAAGCAGUUGGAAGAUGGUCGCACCCUGUCUGACUACAAUAUCCAGAAAGAGUCGACCCUUCAUCUUGUUCUCCGUCUUCGUGGGGGUGUGAUUGAGCCAAGUUUAAGGAUUCUGGCCCAGAAAUACAACUGCGACAAGAUGAUCUGCCGCAAGUGUUAUGCUCGCCUGCACCCCCGUGCAACUAACUGCAGAAAGAAGAAGUGUGGUCAUAGCAACAACCUCCGUCCCAAGAAGAAGCUGAAGUAGAGGCUAAAACCCUGCAGUCAAUGCUUGGUAUUAAAUAAUAAACUCACUUAACAAGA